AGCCGGGGCGGGACGGGGCGGGACAAGCGCCCUUGUUUGUUGUCCGCUCCUGCGGCCUUGCGGCUCCAUCAGUCAGUCAGUCAGGAAGGGAUAGAGGUAGAGAGAGGUGUGAAGUUUUGCCCGAUCGACCGCUGCGAGGGGAUCAGACUCUCUUCCCUUCUGCAAACUCGACUACGGAUCAAUGGGUUCUGCUUGUCCUCUGGCAUUUUGUCACCGUGGCCUUCCUUGUCUCCGGCUAGACUAAUGGCUGCUUUUGGAAGAUUACUGGUGAUUCUAGUCUUUCUGCUCAACAUCCCUCUCUUGCAUGGAGGAGAGUUUGAUCCUUACAAGUUAUUGGGUGUUAGUAAAACCGCUAACCAGGCAGAAAUAAAGAAAGCUUAUAAGCAGCUGGCUCGGGAAUGGCACCCUGAUAAGAAUAAGGACCCAAAGGCGGAAGAUCAUUUCAUUCAGAUCAGCAAGUCAUAUGAGGUGCUGUCAAACGAGGAGAGAAGGUUGAAUUUUGAUAAAUAUGGAGAUGUGGACGGGCAGCCGGGGAAUCAGAAAAAUCCACAUCACCACUUCCGGAGUUUUCAUAAAUAUGACAGCUUCUUCUUUGACGAUUCGAUCUUUAACUUUGAGUUUAAUUCUGCCCGUGACUCAUUUGAUGAUAAAUACCUACUGCAUUUCUCUCAGUACAUGAACGAAGUAGUGCCGGACAGCCAUAAGAAACCUUAUCUGAUCAAAGUGACUUCCGACUGGUGUUUCAGCUGCAUUCACAUUGAGCCAAUCUGGAAGGAGGUGGUGCAAGAGCUUGAACCUCUGGGUGUUGGGAUUGGUGUGAUUGAUUCCGGGUAUGAGCGGCACCUGUUAAAUCAUCUUAGAGUUUACCAGCAUCCAACGAUAGUGGGAGUCGUCAAUGGGAGAGUGUCCUUCUUUAAAAAUGUUGUGGUUCGAGAUAACUUGAGGCAGUUUGUGGAAAAUCUUCUACCGAGUAAGCUUCUGGAUCAGGUAACUAACAAGAAUUAUGUACAGUUUCUGUCCGCGUGGGAGGAUGAUAACAAGCCUCAUGCGUUAAUCUUUCACCAGAAACCUAUUGUGCCACUCUUGUACAAGUUGACUGCCUUCCAGUUUAAAGAUUAUAUUACAUUUGGUUAUGUGGAGACCGGCGUAGAAAAUACUGAAGAAAUCCUAACUAAUUAUAAUAUAAAUAGCUACACAUCUACCAUAAUGAUUUUUAAAGAGAACAUUCACAAAGCAUCUGAUGUUAUUCAGGGAAAAGGAAUAAAAAAACAGAUGAUGGAUGAAUUGAUAUCCAGCAACAAAUUCCUAGUGGCUCCGCGCCUUGCAAACCAAAGACUUUUUGAGGAGUUAUGUCCAGUGAAGCAGUAUCGUCGCCAGAAGAGAUAUUGUGUCCUGCUAAUAAUUGGAGAGGUACAGAGGCUGCAAACCCCGUACAACUCUUUUGUUUCCUUUGCCUCUGCGAAUGCGAAAGAGUCUCUGCGAUUUGCAUACAUCUACCCAGAACGGCAGCAAGCAUUUGUUAAUGCCUUACUCCCACCGGCACUGAGAGGUAGUCCGACACCAAAUGUUGUGAUUCUACAGCAAAGCACUAUUCCAAGGAAAGUGUUUUAUAAAUUGCUUGAAAGUGGUUGGAAUGGGAGUGAGGAAGAUAAAGUUCAACUCUUUACUGUGGUGAAUCAGUUAUUAGACGCGGGGCACCAUACAUUCUUCUCCCACGAAGCUGUUCUCCCAGAACUGAAUGACGAAUUUGCACCAAUCUUCCUGGUCCGCUGGCUGUAUGCCGUGAUGGAUUAUGUAUCGCAAAUCUGGAAAUCUGGGUUCACUCAUAACUGGAGGGAAAUGAUGCCUUUGAUCUCUCUGCUGUUCUCAGUGAUCUUCAUUCUGCUUGGAGCAUUCAUCAUUCAGGCUUUUGGGGAACCGAACGAGCUGGAGAGGAAGUCUGAACCUGAAAAGAUGGAGGAACCAGAAACAGCCAAGGUUCAGGAUGUAUCAAAGAAGCAGCAACCCAACACCUCCAGCAACAUAAGGUCAGCGGAACAGGUCUUUGUGGAAGUGACGGAACUGACUUAUGUUAACUACACCAGCAACCUCAUGCGGCUCAUGCCUGGAAACAUCAAUGUGCUGGUCGCUGUUACUGAUGCUACCAAGAAUACUUUGAUCCAAAGGUUUGCACAUGAAGUCUACCCUGUAACCUGGAAUAAAGCGUUACACUUCUCCUUUUUAAACUUAUCAAAACAUCGCAGGUGGCUGGAAGACCUAUUAGAGUAUGCCCAGGAUCCUGCCCGGAUUUCCAACGCACAAGAUGAAAAUUGCCACGACCAGAACUACACUGGCUACGUGCUGGCAUUAAAUGGACAUCGGAAAUACUUUUGCCUGUUUAAACCCAAACUCUGUAAUGAAAUUGAGAACCGUGGUGCACUGAGCAGCUCGGAAUCGAAACAAGAUGGGAGUGGAUGUGAGGGCGCAUCAAAUGCACCGGAACCAGACUGCCCACGUCCGCAACUGUCCAGCUCCAAUCUAUCUAUCAAGCAGACCAAGCAACUGCUCAACAGACUUAAUCUGUGGAUGGACAGGCUGCUCGAGGGGAUUCUGCAGCGAUAUUACGUACCCUCUUGGCCUGAGCUUCACUGACAUUCUGUAGUCUUGACAACAUUUUGUGCCGAAAGUUGCAUCUGAGCCACAUUUUCAUACAGCAGCAACACACGCCUCUCUUUCAUUUAAAAAAAAAAAAAAAAAGAUUCUGCCCACUUUUCUUAGAAAAAAAGAGUCAUAUAAAGUGAAACACUAGAAGAGGGCAGUUGGACGGUUACAAAAUCUAUGUUUACACACUUUUUCCUGCCUGGGAAAAGAAUAAACUCCUUUAAUUUGCACUGCGACUAAAUGAGGGGGUUGGUGAGUGAGUGGAUUUGCAGAGCAGAAUGGGGAAUAACACAAAGACAUCCGAGAUGUUUUCACCAGAAUUUGUGUAAGUACUUGAAUUGUUAAGUUUAACUAAGGUGCUCUGGCCCUACCCCCCCCCCCCCCCCCCCCCCCCCCCCACUUCACUGUGUUUGAUACACAGUUAACUCACAAUAAAUAAGGGAAUAAGAACAAAAACAGACAGCUACCUCCACCUUUCCCCUCCCCAAUCCCAACCGAAACCGCUGAGAAAAACGGAAAGAAACUUGAUUUUAGCCCCGUCCUCCAAUUUGGAAUUGAGUGGAGGUGCGGUGGACUUUUCUAUAGUUGCUGGUUGGUCAUUGUGAGGUUUUACUUCGCCUGGUGCACUUUACAGCUGUCCUCCCGUUUCCCUCUCUCCCCGCCACCCAAACCCUACUCUGGUUUCUCCACUCCUGCUGAGGUACUGGAACUGGCCGCCAUCUUGCAACGGUCCUUCAGCAGCCAAAAUGGCCGCAGCGCAUGUGGACAAUGUUUCUCGUCCCCGCGGCCGCUAGCACUGAGAUGAAUUUACAAAGAGCUGCCACUGGAUGGCACUCUGGGAGAAACCUGAUGCGUUUCAACUCCCCCCU